GUCAUACAUAUGUAACUUAAAGAUGAGUUGUUUUUGGAAGUUCCUUAAAACAUCGGAGCAGUCAGGAGAACCAAGAGCUAGUCUAAAGCGAAGAAAAGUCACACUGGAAAAUACUGCUUCAUGCUGUAUUAGAACUAGUGGAAUAAUAUAGAUAGGUUUUAACCAAGAGAAGAAAUAAAAGAUCAACUAAAAUGACUUCAUCAACUUUGGUUGAAACUGUUUCUAUUGAUUAUGAAGAUUUUAGUGAGAGCUUUCUCACAUGUGGAACAUGUUUGUGCACUUAUGAUGGCCAAGAACAUACUCCGAAACUUUUGCCAUGUUCUCACACAGUUUGCCGUAAUUGCCUUGAGCGAAUAGCAGCAGGAAAUGGUGUUCGGGAUGCUGGUUCUUUCCGAUGCCCCAUUUGUCGAGAAACGAUUCCUUUGCCUCGUGGUGGAGUCAGCGCUUUGCCACCAAGUUUCCUGGUAAAUCAGCUUUUAGAUCUAAUGUCCAGGCAACGGCGAGAAGUUAUUCCAAAAUGUUCUUUGCAUUCUACUCAGGAAUUGCUAUUCUGUGAAACUUGUGAUUGUGUAUUUUGUAGAUUAUGCACUACAGGAGCACAUGGAAAUGGCACUGAGAGUGGCCAGCACACUGUCAUACCAUUUUCCAUUGCCAUAAAGAGAAUGUCAGAAAUUCUUUUGUACAAGGCACAUCUUUGUAUUAGUAAACUUAACAAAGCUGCAGAAAAUGUAAAUGAUGAAAUCACUAAAUUAGAAUCUACUGCAGCAUUUGAAACCAUCAAUCGCUCUGUUCAGGAAAUAACAAAUGCCAUUGAACGGAGAAGAUGUGAACUCAUAGAAAUAGUUAAAAAACUGAAAAACAACAAGAAAAAAAUAUUAGCUGAUCAGCUGUCCAUCAUUGAAUCAGAAAAGGAAAAAGUUGAGCAGCAGUGUAGCGGUUUGCAAUACCAAGUUGAAGUUCGUAAUAUUACCAAUAGAAUAAGUGAUUUGAAUAAAAAACUAGAUUCUUUAAAUGCUAUUAUGGAGCCUAGAGAAAAUGCAUUUCUUAAAUAUGAGCAUGACCAUAAUUCUGCAUCAAAUGAUAUAGAAAAAUCGCUUAGAGAAUUUGGUCGUGUUCGUUCUAGUACCACAUAUCCUGCUUUGUGCUCUGCCUCGGUUGAAUGUUGCUCAGCUCACUUAGAAACAACUGUGUGCAUUACGGCUUAUGAUUAUCAUGGAACAGUUCAGUCUGAAGGUGGAGAUCCUGUGGUUAUCGACUUAAGGUAUGAAAACGGAGAUAGUGUCAAAACCCAUUUGAUAGACCGCAAUAAUGGAACUUAUGAUGUGAAUUUUCUCCCAGAACAGCCAGGAAAUUAUAAAUUAAAUGUAACUGUCUUUGAUCGACCUAUCAAAGAUAGUCCCUUUCAUUUUAUAGUGUCCGAGCACAUUAAUCCUGUUUCUCAAUUUGGUCUGCGUGGCAGUGGCGAUCUGCAUUUCCUCCAGCCUGUUGGGUUGGUUGCUUCAAGUUGUGGUAAAUUAUUUGUCCUUGAUACUGGAAAUAGCAGAAUAAAAGUCCUUACAAAAGAUUUCAAAUUUUUAGGUCAUAUAUUUGAUGCAGGUAUGGAAGAUCGUAGUGGUACAGGGAUAGCUUUAUCUUUAAAGAACACCUUGUUUAUAGUUAAUUGGAGAACAAAAUUUAUAACGGAAGUUGAUUUUGAAGGUUCUGUUAUUCAAAAGUUUACUCAUGCUGAGUUUGUGGAGCCAAUAGAUUUAGCCAUUAAUAGUAAGGGCCAAAUUUUUGUGGCUGAUAAUGGUGCUGCUUCUGUGUUUGCAUUUGAGCCAUCUGGUACCUUUGUUAUGAAAUUUGGUAGUACAUUUAAUUUAAUUAGUUCUAUUGCAAUUGGUCCAUUAGAUGAAAUCAUAGUUAGUGAUUCAAGGAUCCAGAUUUUUACAUCUAGUGGACAAUUUCUUCGAGAGAUUGUUUCAGAAGGCAAGGGCAAGAGUCGUCAUGGUGGAAUAGUUUAUGAUGGCAAAGGAAAUCUUUUAGCUACAAAAAGUGAUAAGAGUGGUAGUUUUAUAAGAGUCUUCAGUUACCAGUCAGGAAAUUUCCUUUUUUCUAUUGAUAGUCAUGAGGCUAAACUGAAACGUCCAAGUGGCUUGGAUGUACUUAAUGACUUUCAUGUAGUUGUGGCUGAUCUUGGAAAUGAUUGUAUAAAAAAGUUUAGAUAUCGCUAAAUGUGUCAAUAUCUGGAAGCAAAUCUAUAGCUGCACUAAUCUUUAAAUGUUUAUAUUCUUCAUCCUAUAUAGAAUUGCGAUACUCAACAAUUAAUUAUCACAUGCAUUAGUUCCUUAUAUUAUUAUUAUCUUUUGGAAUUUAUCUGUGUAAUAAUUAUCUAAUCAGUCUUCUAGUUAUUUAUUUUACUUUCAACUAUAUUUAACUCAAAGUCAGUUUAUAAAUAUAUGGAAUGUGUUUAUGUAAAAGCUUUCAUUAAUACCUUUCUUUCACAUGUUAAACAAAACAUUUUUUGCGGUUUCUGCACUCGUAUUCACUAGUGUAAAACUCUUCAUGACUUUUUUCAUAUGCUGAGGUUUUUGUUGAAAAGGUUAUUUGGUUUAUUUUAUAUUAAACUUAAUUUGGAAUAUGGCAGUUUUAUCUUUUUGUAAUUCAGAUGGCUGUGUUUAUUGUUAACGUAUGCUGAAUCUCAUUCUUCUUUUAUCUUUAUAACAAUCUCUUAUAUAUCUUGUGUGUUUAUCAUAAAAAGUAUUUUGCAAUCUGCAUAUUGCACUUCGGAAAAUGUAAGCUUUUAAGUGGACCAAAGACUUUUUUAUUACUUGGUUGAACUAUUUUGACACAGAACUCAUUAAUUCAUUAUUUUAUUCAUGUUUCUCCCUAUACAUACAAAUAAGAUAAUACUGAAGACAAAUUAUUUUAAAUUAAUGCUUUUAUAUUUUAUAUUUUACCAUGUACUGUUAUACUUUUUUAACAUGUUUAAGCAAUUACCCAAAGAUUCUCACAUAAUUCAACAUUUCUAUCAUUUUCAUUGAAAUUAUGGAUCUCUUAUUUUUUCUGUAUUAUUGUUUGUUCCAUAGACAUAACUAUGGAGUUUUCCUUUAUUUUAAGCAAUGCAGUGGUAGUUAUUGUGCAUGAUUAAAUUUUUAUUAAAGUACAAAUAACUUCCACACAGUUAAUUGUAUAGGAAAUCAACUUUUUGUUUUUUCUUUAUAUAUUUAUUAUGUAGGAUAUUGCAAAUUGUUUAUAGACGGUUUUUGCAUAUUGUUAGAUAUGCGUUUUGAAGUUUAUAGAAUUAUGUUUCUAACAUAACAUAUUAUCUGUAAAGAAAAUUCCCUCUUCAAACUAGAUAAUAUUAUUGAAGCUUCGAAAUUGUUCAGUGAGUAUCGUUUUAAUGCUUUCUUAAAUUAAUGUUUUAAGUAAAUUUACUGCUAGAAAAUGAUAUAUAUAUAUAUAUAUUUGAUGUCAGCAGAAUCAUAUAUUUAUAAUUUAAGAUUUCUUAGCUGUUUUGGCAAAAUUUUGUGCCAUAUAUAUAUGUUAAUGUUGUAUUGUUAAUUUUUUUUUUUUUUUUUUUUUUUUUGUAAUGGUCACCUUAAUAGUGUGAACCAUCUUAUAAUGGUGUAAGUGACUGAUCAUGUGGUGAACUUUUAAAUAAAAAAAAAA